CAGAACUGUAAUAUACGAUCUAUGAUUGCAGGUCUUCACCAGAACGCACCGUGACUAGCUCACAGCUUGACGUGUAAUUAACAUACCGUACAUCCAAACUAUCCGUAUGAAUACUAAUAUGGCUGAUGAUGACAAGAUUAGAAAUGGUUCAAAUGAAGAAACAAAUGAUGAGAUAAGAAUAGUGGCAGUUGGUAAAACAGGGGCUGGUAAAAGCACCCUGGGGAAUGCGUUGAUAGGAGAAGGAUCAUUUGAAGUAGGAGAAUACAGUGAAUCUGAAACCAGUGAAACCACAACAAAGGAAGGUACGUGGAAUGGUCACAAAGUUAAAUAUGCAGACACCCCAGGGCUGUUUGAUACUAAAGCAAGGGUUGAUGAAGUCGACAAAGAGAUUGGUAAAUCUGUCGAACAGUUGUCUCCUGGUCCCGAAGUUGUUUUAUAUAUUAUAAACACUGACAAUAAAUUCACUUGUGAAGAAUUAGUUGCUUUUAAUGGGUUAAACCGCAUAUUUGGAAAUACGGUUCUACAAUACACGAAUGUUGUGUUUACUCUCAGAAAGAGACGAUCUAACCGAGAGGAAUAUGAAAAGAAGUAUAUUGAAAAAGCAAACCAAGAUCUGAAAACGGUAUUGGAAAAAUGCUUGAAUCGGUACAAAUUCAUUUACCACGAGAAUGGAACCGAUUCCAAAUCCGAUGUUGAUGAGAUUAUGGGACAGGCUUUUACACUGAAGAAGGCUAAUCACAAGAAACACUAUGAUAGCGGAAUGUAUGAUCAAGCUGUAAAACAAGUCGAAGAACAGAAGAAACAAGAGGCCGACGAAAAGUUAGCAAAAGAGAAGAAAGAAAAUGAAUUUAAAAAGAUUAAAGAAGAGAAUAAGCGUUUGGAAAAAGAGCGGGAGGAAGACAACAUAAAGCAAUUAAAAUUCAAGAACCAAACGUUACAAGCGAUGGAACGUGCUGAAAUCGCGGGGCUAGUUUGUCAACUGAAAUUAUACAGAUACACUGUAAAAACUUAUGAUGAACAUGUAGAAAACGUUACAAAUGGAUUAAGCCAUGCCCUUAAAUCGUUAACUGAAAACAGUCAAUAUGAUAGGGCAGGACAGGUAAUAAGUUCUCUGGGUAAUAUGGUCACAUCUACCUGUGGAGUACUGGGUGUAGUAACUGGACCACUUGGUGUCGGUGUAACGGUUGCACCAAGUGUUAUUGGCUUUUUGGCAUCCCUAUAUUUCAAAACAACUUCUGACGCUUUAACAGAAAAGGUAUGUAACAUUUCGCAUGCCGACGAGAAGCAUCUCGCCGAUAUAAGUACACAGGAAAAUAUAAUCCUGAAGCUGAUAAUAAAUCUGUGGUCUGAGAGACUAAAGUCAGAUAUACUUCAUGCAAUAGGUAGUACACAAAAACUUAAAUAUCGAUUACAGACCUUGUUAGAACAUCAAAACACUGAUUCGAAAUUUAAAUUUGUAUGUCAGGAAAUCCAGAGAGCACUAACUGGUGUUGCUGGAAUAUCAAAUGCCACUAAACAAUUGACGACAACUACGACUAUAUAUGCGGAAACUGAUAAAACGAUUCAAUCUGUGGCGAUUAGAACAGCGACUGAUAAAACAGGAAAAUCUGUGACCGAACAAACAAUGCAAAAUAUGCCAUAUAAAGAAACGGAAAUUUUCAGAGUUAAAAAAACCCCAGAAGCAUGUCCUGCGCAAACUGCUAUAUUUGCUUUGGGAUUGGUCAUCGAUGCAAAAAAAGUAUACGAUAACACGCUUGAUUAUAAAGAACCUGAAAUAUUUAAAAAAAUAAACGUGAACAUAGAUGAGAAUAAAAAAACUCGAAAUAUUUUAGGGGAUCUAAUGUCGGAGAUAGAUCAUGUUAUCACACAACUAACCGACACAAAUCCUGGGGCAUAGAGUAUAUAUUGUUACACCUGUGAGUUGUUUAAGCUUCAUUUGCAAACUUCCCAGGUUUUUAUGUUUAACCGUUCGUUAAAGGUAUAUUUCAAAAUAUUUGAUGACAUAAUGCAAUCAAUUCUACUAUUCGGUUCACAAAUAUGGGGGCAUACAUAUAGACACGAUAUAGAUAAAGUACAUUCUUCGUUUUGCAAAUUCAUUCUAGGUAUCUAUAAAUCUGCCUCAAGUGGCUGUGCACUGGGAGAGUGAGGCAGAAACUGUAUCAGUGUCUUUUAUAUGACCGCAUGUAUUAAGCACUGGUCUUGUUAUUCUCCUUUUGGGUUUUUUUUUGUCCAAUCUGCAAGUGACAUAAAAUGUUUUUAUAUCUGAAGUCAAGCAGCGACUAAAAGAUAUAAAUAUGCAGGAAUGGUCAGCAAGUUUAGCCCAAUCCGAAAGUCUGAGUACUGAUGCUGAUUUUCACAAACACUUUGUCAAGAAAAUUACAUGACUUGUUAGUUAAGCAUUCACAAAAUUACGAGGCAAAGAUUAAACUUGUUGCCCAUUGCUACCACCCUAUUCAGGAAAAGCACUAUUAAAAGUCAAAUAUGUCCACUUUCCAGUAAAGGAAACCAGACAGCCUUUUACUUUCUUUUUUAAUGCCGUAAUCUGACAUAUUUCAGAGAUAAAUACCGUUCAUCCUUAUUCGGAGCAGAUUGUUAUCUCCCUUAUGUAUUAGAUGAAAUUGGCCAAGCAUCUGACAGUUGUCUGCUCUCAUCUAUUGCAAACUUUAUUUACGAGACUCUAGAUCUGAAAGAAUAGCUUGUUCACCCCUACACCUUUAUAUAUUUAUAUGCAGCCAAAUUAUUUAUAUGCUGCUUUAUUGUCACCGACCUUAAAUACUGAAUAAUCUUAUUAUUUUUAUUACUUCCAUAAACAGAAAUAUAUCGAGUAACGCAAUCAUUGUAUGCGUAGUUAUUUCUUAGGCCCCGAAAACUUAAACGCCAGACUUCAGAAAACUGCCGCUGUAUAAUUAUAUUACACUGACUGUAACAUUGUUUUUUAAAGACUAUGUUUGCCUAGUUACAUUUUGUGUUUUAAAAGACCAACUUGUGUGACUACCAAACUGAUUAUUUCAUAAAUAGAUAAAAGGGGCUAUUUGUCCGACUGAAAGUCGUCACGGUAUGAAACGACACCAUGUCAAACCUAUGGAAGCCUAUUGCGGCCAUUUCAGAAUCUCGUCUU